AUGCAAGAAACCGUUCGUUACGUUCCCCUGGCUUUUGAUAUAGUCACAUCCGGCUUGGAAGACGAGCUCAGCGUGCUGGAGCGUCUAGUGGCGAACCAUUUGAUAUUGUCACAAUUCGAGCUCGCCAGAGCGGCUAUCAGGGACCUUGCACGACUCAGCCCUGCCCGUGCGAUUUCUCUGCUGAGGAAUGUGAUUGUAACGGGGGGAGAGAUUCCUGGGGCUGUGUGGUCGGCAUCUGUCCCGUCUGCCGCCCAUCUGACGUGGCUGUGCGUUGGGGAAUACCGAGAGCUGUGUAAGGUGCAGGGGGAGAGGCGAGAGAGAGGCGAUUGGGUGAGCGGAGAGAGGGAAGAGAGGGGAGAGAGGGGUAACUGGGUGAGGGGAGAGAGGAGAGAGAGGGGAGAGGGAGAUGACUGGGUGAGGGGAGCAGAGAGAGGAGGCUCUGAAAGAGGUGAUUGGACGGCGGCUGCUGCAGCUGAUGAGGAGGGACAGGGAGAGGAUCAGGAGGGGGAGGAGGAGGGAGGACACGGGGAUAGGAUGGGGGAAGAGGAAGGAGAGGAGCGAGGAGGGAGGGACACAGGCGAGGGGUCGGAGGAGGAGAGAGUGAUGGUGGAUGAAGCUGAAUUCGACUUGUAUCUGGCCCAGCUCUCACUCAAGGUGCAUGAAUCUGCAUUCUCACAAAGAGUGGAUCAUCCUGUAAUGCGUACAGGAGAGCAGAAGGAAUCAUCUGGAGCAGGUAGAGGAGUGCAAGAGCGAGAAAGGGAGGAGGGAGGAGAGACGGAGAGAGAAGGGAAGGAGAGAGAAGAGGAGGCUUUGAGGAGAGGGGAGAAGAUUCGUGCAGCAGUCACACUGCUUCAUGACCGAUCAGUCUGGGGCCUUCCCAGUAUACCCCUGGUGGUGGGGAGUAGGCUUAGUGUCAGUGAGAUAGGGGAAGAGGCGAAAGAGGUAGUGCUGGCAGGGUCAGCAGGGGCAACUGAGUCAGUAAGGGCAGCAGUGGUUGAAGAGAGAGGGGAAGCAGCAGCGGAGCAGGGACAAGGGCAUGUUGAAUCAAUCAUCCCUGAUGCGACACCUGUCGGCAUCUCAUUGGUUGUUGGAGAAUACCCUGAGAUCCUGGACGAGCUUUCCAGGAACGUUCUGCGCCAGAGACGGAGGAGGAGGAGGAGGAGGUCGACGUCAGGACCUGAGAGGCUUGAAAGCGAGGGUGAUUUACCCUCACAAGCCUGGCCAGAAGGAGUGCUUGCUGUGAGAUGGGUGCAGGAGGCUCAUCUGGGGGCGGUGACUUCUAUGCUAGAGGCGGGGGACGUGCAGGGAGCAGCGGGUCGCCUGCGGUACCUGAAUGUGGAGUAUGGGGUUUUGGAAGAGGCACAGUACAGGUCCGCCCUGCACCAGUUGGUGCUUGCACUGCGGCCUCAGGUGCCCCAACAAGCACCGUCCAGCACUCUUGUUUGGACGAGAGUGAGGAAGGAUGAGACAAGAAUUGCCGUCCAGGAGCUGCUAGCUUCGGGUUCCGCCCGCCUCAUCAGGCUGUUCCAGGCUGUAUGGGACGAUCACAUUCACAGUGAGUCGCAGCAAUCCGCAUGCCACUCCCCCAUCGCCCCACCCUUGGAGGCCCUUCACGCGCUGCUGCUGGCACACGGGCAAGCUGGCAGCAACCCCGAACAGGGACUGAUGGAAGUGAAGGAGGGUGAAACGAAUGACGCCAAGGGCGACGACGCAGAAACAGGAGCGAUUGGAAAGAAUGAAGUGGAAACGGAGGGAGAGCUAGAGGGAGAACCAGGGGAUGGAAGGGGACAGACGAUGGGCGAGAGGGGAGAUGGUGGGGUGCUUGGUGGGGUGCACGAGAUCAGAGAGGGUGUGGGGAGGGAGAGUGUGGAGGAGCGGUGUGUGUGGGAGCUUGUGGAGCAUGGGAGGGUGGAGAGGCGGGUGGUGGUGGAGAGUGUGCUGGAGGGAGCUCUGGCUGCUGUGCAUGCCGGGCAGUUCAGCAAGGCUAACAAUAUCCUCCGUCUGUGCCCCCCUCUCCGUCCCCUCACCACGCUCAUCGCCUGGAACCUCAUAGGGCCGUCCCACCCCGCCACCCGCCUGCGCCUCCUCUGGGCUCUCUGGCCUCACGAGUCCGCCCAUGCCCUGCUGCCAAACAAGCCUCUCCUUAGCAACUCCUGGUCGUCGCAGCUGCAGCAUGCUGACGUAUGCUGUGCUCACCUCAUCUACGACACACAUCUGGCCUUCCUCAUCGCUUCUCGCCACGCUACCUUGCAACAACAGCAGAGGAAGAAACACCAUCAGCAGCAGCAGGAGCAGGUUUCUUCCCAUCAACAUCACCAUCACCCAGACCAGCAGCAGCAGCAAGGGCUAGACCCACAGGCAAGGCCGUUUUCCCCUGCAGCUGAUUCCGGCCCUAUUUCUCCACCUCACAACCAAACUCAGAAGGGGCUCCCACGUAUGCUGAGUCCCAAUGGAGUGGCUUGUAUGGUGGGGACAGCGGACCUGUUCAUUGCACGGCUGGCAAUGGAGCUGCUGCAGGUGCAGCCGGCCCUGCACGUGCUGCUGUCUCUGAGUGCCCACUGUUUCCUCCCACACGAACUCAUAAAGCUAGUGCAGGCCCAGCCGGGAGCUGAAUGCAACCUGCUCGGUGGCACAUCUGGCAGGGACUGGGACGUGGAGCUCCUUCACAUGCUGUUUGGCGCCCAGGCUGCUGAGACUGCCGUGCAUGCCAUGACAGGCGGUAGCAGGGGAAGAGAUGGAAUGGGGGAAGAAGGAAGGGGAGCGGGAGCAGCAGAGGCGAUGAGAGCGGUGGAGUCAUUUGAGCAUCAUGCAGCCCAUGUCACCACUGCUGCCCGUAAGAUCUGGAUGGGCUACACCGUGCGCUCGCUGCUCCUCUCUGCCUCGAAACCACCCUCCACGAAUGACAGUCCAGCGGACGACGAGGAUUGCCUGGCUGGUGUCACCAUGGCCCGCCUUCAGCUGCUGGUACUCCCGGCUGUGGCACCGUCCGUAACCCCGGCUGUAGCAGUGAUGGAGGCCUUGCUGGCGGCUGUAGCCAGGCUUUUGCCGCCCCAGGGCACAGAGACGCACGGCAUGGCUCGUCCUUUUCUGCUGGACGCGUCUCCCUUGAGCGGCGUGGACAGGCGGGCGGCACGGGCACUGUUGAAGCGGAGGGAUGUUGGGGAGGUGGGAUCUGGUGGUUGUGAUGAUGGUGCUCCUGCUGCCCCUGCAGCUGCUGCUGCUGCUGCUGCUGCUGGUAGUGGUGGUACUCCCACUGAUACUGCUGCCACUGCUGCUGCUGCAUCUGCUGGCCUGAAAGGAACAGAGUCAGAGGAGAAGCAGCUGGGACAAAAGGGACAGGAUUCAGAUGCUUCGGAUUCAGACACUACAUUGGAUGGUCUAGAUGCUGGUUUUGCUGCUGAGCUGGAUGCUGAGCUGGACGCACAGGCGUCUGACGUGGCAGCGGCGGCAGUGGAAGUGCUGGCUUCUGAUUGGAAGCAGAGGGCGCAGGUGGUGCGUGAUUGGCUGGACGACUGGCAGUGGCGACUGGCUGUGCUGAAAGCUGAUUGGCUGGGCGUUCGUGUCAGACGGGGGGAAGGGGAGGAGGGGGAGUUGAAAGAGGAGGCGGUGUUGGAAGGGGUGGAAGGGGAGGGGGAGGUGGAGAGGGCAGAAGGGGAAGCGAGUGAUUAUGAGCAGGAGGGUGGAACGGAAGGACGUGAGAGGAAGGGAGGAGAGGGGAAAGGGCAGGCAGGGAAGGGGAAGGAGCGGCGACUGCGGAGUGAUUGGUCGGCAUGGGGGUGGCACGAGGUGGUGGCGUGGAUGCGAGUGGAGCCCUCUGCUCUCAUCUCCUGCUGCCUAUCAGUGGCCGACUUCUCUCUCUGCGACGCGCUCACUCGUCGCUUCCCACUGGCCGUGCACUCAGAGGCACGAGUGCAGCUUUCCGCAUGGCUCGCCCGCCACGAUCAAUCCAGAGUCGUCCGGUGGGACAGUGGAGGAGGGCGAUUGCACGCCAGCAGCAGCAGCGAUGGCGGUGGUGGUGGUGAUAUUGCUGUUGGCAGUGGUGGGAGUGGGGGGGGAGGUGGGAGCAGGGGUGGGUUGGAGAGGGUGGGGAGUGUGGAGGCUAGGGAGAGGCGAGUGAGGGAGAACGAGCAGGUGGACACGCUAUUCUCGCUCUUCUUUGCUCCAUCACAAGCCAUGUGGGAGAUGUUUCCGGCCCUUGACAUGGUAUGUGUGGAGAAUACGCUCCCCGCCUUUGAGGUGGUAUCACUGGUGGCCAUCCUGCUGGAUGCAGCAGCAACACAGGCUCGCACCGCCCCUGACGCCCUUGUUCUGCUCGACCAGGCUCGCACUGUUUUGACAGCCUGGCAGGCGGACCAGCAAGGACUGAAGGAUGAAGACAAGGGCCGGGGGGGAAAGAAUCGGCCGGGGAAGCAACACCAGCAGCAGCAGCAGCAAGAGCGAGAGGAAGACAGUAGCACCAACUUAAACUCAGUGCAGUGGGCGACAGCAGAGCGGCUGCUGCAGCGGCUGGAGGCCAUUCAGAACCAGGACCCUACCACGCCACUCCCGAGCCUGCUGGCCGCCGUGCAGCCGCACCUGUCGCCGUCCCCGGGCCUGUCAGGCUCGGCAGGGGUGCGUCGGGGCCCCAAGUCUCGGGCGGUGAUGGCAUUGCAGCAGGUGGUGGCUGAUUGUGAGGCGGGCACGGCGCAAUUUGUCAGUGGUACGUACAGGAUGUUGACUAGCUAUGCUCUGGGUAUGGUUUCCGUUCAGGAAAACGCCACAAUCUCAUCCGAGCCUUGGAAGACCCCGCACCAGCAGCAGCAAUGCCCCUAUGUUGCCCCUCUCCCCCCUACCCACAACCCGCCCGCCCUGCUUCUUGUUCCUACCCCUUCAGGCAAGCUGCACAACCUCAUCCGAGCCUUGGAAGACCCCGAACCAGCAGCAGACCCUCUCUCCCAGGUGAUCACCGCACCUGCCACAGCGGCUGGCCAAUCAGGAUCCGCCACGUGUCCUCCACCUGGCAGCGGGCUUGGCUUUGGCAUUGCUGCGGUGGCGGGCUUAGCUUCGGCAACAGGUUCGGGAGGAAUGGGAUUGACAACAGGGUCUCCUGUGCAUACACCCCCUCUCUCCCCCCGCUGGACUCGAUCCUCUUCUAGCCUUGGCCUCUCCGCUGCUGCUGCUGCUGCUGCUGCUGGUGCAUCGGUGGCAGCAGCAAGGGAAGGUGCCGGUGCUGCUGGUGCAUUGGAAGCAGCAGCAGUGGCAGCAGCAGUUGAAGAGCUCUCUGAAGGAGGUUCAGCUAGGUCUGCCUCCCUCCCUCUUCCCUCCAAUUCCGCCACCACUACCACUGCAUCCUCUGCUGCUGUUGCUCCGUCUCCCCUUUCAGUACCAUCACGCUCCUCUAUAGGCGCUGUCAGCAUGCCCCCUCCCUCCACAACCACCACCAUCACAAGCACCCCAUCUGCUGCUGCAUCUGCACGCGUAUCUGCUCCUCCAGCUCCAGGUGCUUCCUCAGGUGGGAAUGCCAGAGCGUCUGCCCUGCUCCCUCCUGUGCCGCGAUCCUCCAUGCCCAGUCUCUGGCCUUUCUCUUUCAACUCUGCAAACGCCAAGCAGGCUGCUGCUGCAGCAGAGGGGCAGAAUGUAGUUGGGCUUCAGUCCCUUCUAGGGUCUAGCACUGGCGGAGAAGCAGCAGGAGCAUCAAAAGCAUCAGGAGCAGCGGCGGUAGGAGGAGCAGGAGGGGGAGGAGAAAGAGGUGGAGAGGGAGGAGGGGCGGCGGGAGCAUUAUCAUCAUCAGCAACAGCAGCGGCAGCAGCAGGGUUGCGAGGGCCAGGGAAGCAGUCUUGGGAUCAUCCCAAGGGUUACCUGCCAGUCUUCUUAAACUACGUGGUUCAAAUUGGGGAUAUAGUCGACGACAGUGACCCCAGCCACCCCUUUAACUACUUCUCUUUACUAAACAUCGACCCGGUGGAGCUUUUAAGAGAGCUUGUGUUUGUGAGAGGGGAUAUUGCUGCUGCGUUGGAUGUGGCUGGGAUCAUGGGUAGGAAUUCUCUAUCUGCUGAUAUCAUCCCCGCAGCUCUCCCGAGCCUGCUGCCGCCAGUGCCGAGCCUGAAGCUCUGCUCCGUGGCUCGGCGCUUCCGAAGCAGACUGCUGGGCAGGUCCAGAGGAGGACCAGGGCAGGGUAGGCCCGGUAGGAGCAAGGUAGCAGGAGGAGUGGGAGGGGUGGAAAGUGCGGAGAAGCUUCUGGUGCCUUCUCCGUAUGAGCCGCCGCGAUUUGCACUGAGUAUGGAUGUGGUUCAGCUGCUUGCGAGAGAGUCUAUGGUGCAUGCUGUGUUGGCUUGUGUGCUUGGGGCAGAACAGCAGAUCGUGCAGAUGCACAGACGCAAGGAAAGAGAGCGUGACAUGGAAACAAUAGGUGCAUUUUCCGUUGGUGGCGCUGUUGCUGCUACCGGUGGUGGUGGUGCUGCUACCGGUGGUGGUGCUGGUGGUGUUGGUGGUGUGGGUAGGGCUGGUGGUGUGUUGGGCGGGGAUAGGAGCAGGGGCAAGGGAGGGGGAGUGGGAGGAGCAGGGAGUGCAGUGGAGGCGGAGGAGGAAGCUGCGAAGAAGCUGAUGGACACCCCAAUCAUCCACCGGUGGGUCACUCUGCAAUCUGCCAUCCACUCUAUCGCCAUUGCUGCUGCUAAAGCACCCUCCCGCGCUCCCAAGCAGCAAGCACCAGCAGCAGCAGGAGCUGCAGCAGGUGUGGGGGCGUCAGUGGGGGGAGGAAGCAGAGGUGGGCCAAUGGGUGCAGGGGAUGCAGGGGGUGCAGGGAUAGUGGGGGUUGCACGGCCAAGGGGAUCAGAGGAGGGGGGAAUGCAAAGAACUAUGGUAUCGGUGGGCCGGUGGUGGGUAAAGAACGGGGGGGUGAAGGAAAGGUGGGUGGAGGAGGAGGAAGAGGCACAAAACGGCCUCUUGCUGCUGAAACUGAUGCGGUCGAGGUGGGAAGUGGGGAGGAGGGGGGAGGGAGGAGAACCAGGGCAUGCGAGUGCUGGUGUUGCUGAGAGCGACGUUGGAGAUACACCGAGUGACCAGGGGGGCUGGGCAGGAGAGGAAGGGAGACCGAGAGGAGGAGUGAGGGAGGAGCAGGGCAAUGGUGAAGGGGCAGCACCCGCAGGGGCAGCAGAGGCGGCAGGGGUGGCAGGAGUAACAAGGGCGGCAGGGACGGUAGGGGCAGCAGCAACAGCAGGGGCGGCAGUGGUUGGCGGUCGACUGGAGGCUCUGUUGACGGAGUGGGAGGAUUUGCGGCCUGUGAGGAUUCACCUGGAGAGCCUGAUUGCUGACUCGCGAUUGGCCGAGGCCCUUGAGCUGGCGGACACGUGGCUGCCUGAGGGGGCGCCAGAUCACCUGCUGUGUCUGCUCGUGGAGCAGGCAGAGCGCUCUGAUGGUGGUAAUGCUGCUCACACGCACACAGCAGGAGCAACUGGAACAUGGACGGCAGGAGCAGGGGCAGGGACAGGAGGAGACAUGAUGCGGUUUCAGAAGGUGCCUGUAACACAGGCAAGCAGGGUGCAGCAGAAGAGCCCAAGGAGUGGAGGAGUUGGGUUUGCAGGUUCUGCGGCUGCUGCUGCUGGUGCUGCUGGUGGGGGGAGUGAGGCAGGGAGCCGCACUGGCAGUGCGGGCAAGGCCGUGGGGAAGCCGGUAACAGCGGGUGACAGCUGGCGGUUUGUGAUUCGCGUGGCUGACAAGGAGCUUGCAGCGGCGCUGGCUCUGAGGUACCACCACAGCUGGCAGCUGUCACCCAUCCACACCGUGUUCAACACCUGCCUCUCACACCUCCCUGCACACUCGCCCCUGCGCUCUCAGAUCCUCACCUGCAAGUCAUCUGUGGAUCAGUACACUCGCAUCCGCUCCAUUCUCAACGACAGAACCCUUGCCACGUGGCAGCAGGUUCGCGCGCUCUGCUUCCGCGAUCCCGAGUCAGUUUGUCGCCAGCUAGCUGCUAAGGGAGCAGUCAAGGAGGCAGUGUCACUAGCAGAAGCACAUGCUACUGCUGCUCCUGCUGCUGCUGCACCAGCAGAAACACCAGGAGCAGGAGCUGGAGUGGAAACAGUAGCUGCUGCUAAUGCUGCUGCUGCUAGUGCUGCGUGGGGAGCAGGGGCUGCUGAAGCAGCACAAAGAGCAGCACUGGGAGCGGCACCAGCAGGAGCAGUAGCUGCAGCAGCAGGAGCGGCAGCAGAAGGGAGGGUGGGAGGGGCGUUACUAGCAGAGCUGAGGGGGCGCUAUCUGAGUGAACUAAUGGGUGGGGAUCCGUUGCAGGGUGACUCGGGCCCUGCAGUGGGAAUGAGAUAUCUGGAGAGAUUGAUGUUGGAAGGGGCGAAGGAGCGUGAUAGCAGCAGGCACGCGGGUCAGGAAGACAGGGUCGGCAUGGAUGGUGGUUCUGCUGCUACUGGUGAUGGGUCUGGUGUGGCUGGUGUUGGUGGUAGCACUGGUGCUUCUGCUUCCACUGCCGCUCCUGCUGGUGCCGGUGCCGCUUCUGGCGGUGGUGAUAGGAGGAGCGGAGAAGAGGGGGUGGAAGCAAGGGGGAGAGUGGAGGGCAGGGAGGGAGUGAUGGGUGUUGUGCUAUCGGCCAUGCAGUGGGCUCCGUCCCUGCACGCCAAGAAGCUCAUCGUACGUAUCCUCAUGCGCUUGCCUCUUUCCAUCCAUGUGACUAGCCACCUCACCUCACCUCACCUGCCUAUCGGCCAUGCGGUGGGCGUCCCUGCACGCCAAGAAGCUCAUCGUACCAGCUUUCUGCGCAUUCAGCAGCAAGCUUCCCGCGUCUUCCCUUGGGGGGGAUCCUCUGCUGCUGGUGGUGCUGCUGCUGCUGCUGCUGCUCCUUCUAGCGAUUCGCUUGCUUCGCUGUGUUCUAGAAGAUUCUCGGUGGUGAAGGGGCUGCUGGCAGUGGUGGUGGAACAGGCUGGCGUGGCUCUGGCCAAGGAGAGUGUGCCACGUGGCACCAGCCUGCUGUCGCUGACUCAGACCGCCUUCCACUCGAAAGCCUACCUCAAAGCACUCACCAUUGUGAUAGACCUUCUCUUGGCAUACCAGACGCAGCUUGCCAAGCCUGGACCUGCCACCCGAACCACAGGCUCGGCACGCGAGCCACCAGCCCAGGUCCGGGCAAGAGGCUCGGCGCAGGUUCGGGGGCGAGAUCCGGCGCAGGUUCGGACACAGCUGAAGGUGCUGAAGCAGCUGCUGGUUCGGGCAGAGGCUUGGAUCGCACGGGUGAAGCUUCUGAGAAGGUUCCUGGCGGAUAAUGUGGGGGUGGGGAUUGACGAGCUUGGUGGGGGUGACCCUGACUUCCAGCCUGGUUCUCCUGGGUUAUUUGCCUCUCUGUACAUUCACUCAGUGAUGGGAGGAGGAGAGAAGGGCGGGGCAGCCCGGUUGCAUCCCGAAGCAGAAGCAGAGGCACGGGAGGCGUCCCUGUCCGCGACCCUGGCUCUCAGGGACGGGUUGGUGAAGGAGGAAUGUUAUGAGCUGGCAGCUGCUCUGUGUGACACGUGUCAUCAUGUGGACCCAUGUCCUGUGUACAAGGCAUGGGCGAUGUCCCUCAUUCGAGUGAAGAACUACACCCAGGCGCGGCACAUUCUAGAGCGACUCUUUUUCUUCCUCAACCCAGCCUCCUCUUCAGCUCCAACCACCGCUUCUGCUGCUUAUGCUACUUCUGCUCCUGCUGCCGCUCCAGCUGUUGCAAGCACUUCUGGCAGGCGCGUUUCCUCCUCCUCCACCUCCUCCUCUUCCUCUGCUGCAGCUGCUGCUGCUGCGAGUUCACAAGGAGUUGUGGUGGGAGCGGGAGGAGCAGCGUCAGCAGCAGGAGGGGGGAGAGAGGUGCUGAGGAGUCGCGGAGGGGUGGGGGCAGGCACAGGACAAGCAGGAGGGGCAGGAGGGGCAGGAGGAGCGGGAGCGGUGGGAGGUGUGGGAGGAGGGGGUGGAGGGGAGAGGAUGGCAGUGGUGGCACGGGAAGUCGUACGCUUCAUCGAGACUUGUAUUCCUGCUGAUGUGCCCGGGACUCAGCUGCUCCUAUCCCAAACAGAGAAGGCAGUAGCAGAUUCUUUCCAAGACUCCCUCACAGCAGAGUCCUACCUGGGCGCUCUCACCUCCACCUCCACCCUCUUCAGCUCUCCCACCCUCCGCCCCUCCUCCUCCUCCACCUCCUCCUCCUCCGGCCGCCCAUCCUCCUCCUUAGCACCACCAUCCACUGCAGCUGCAUUCGGUACUCCCACCAUCCUUACCAAUGCUGCUUCCAACACUCCUUCCGGUCCUGCUGCUGUCACUUCUGCUGGCAUUUCUCCGAUCCUAGGGGCCAUGCCCCCUCCUGCUACUAUGCCUUUUGACCAAGGGAGACAGGGAGGAGGGCGAGAAGGAUCAAGCCUAUAUUACCGCCAGUCUGCGUUUGAGGCACAGGGUCCGGCCUGGUCAGGGCAGGGAGAAGGGGGGUUAAGGGGGCGUGGGGAGGGGCUGGGGGGAGAAAAGGAGGGGCAUUGGGAGGGGCAGGGAGAAGGCGGGGAGGGGCGAGGGGAGGGGCAGGGAGAGGGGGUUGCGGUGGUGGAGGAUGAAGAGAGGGAGACGUUCUCUUACUUGGAUGAUGAGAGGUUCAAUGAGUGCACUCAGCUGCUCAAGAAUCAUGCUCCUCGGGAUCUCCUCCCCUUCAUGUUCAAACACGGCCGCUACCGCUCUGCCUGCUGGCUCAUUUUCUUCCCUCCUCCGCCUCCCCACCCUUCCUCCUCCUCCUCCUCCUCCUCCUCCCCCUCCCUCUUAUCCACUCCUGAGUACAGCAGCAGCAGCACCACCACCACUUCCACUCUUCCAAAUCCCCUGGCACCUCAGCCGCCCGCAUUUUCACUCAGCCCGGCUCGGCCCUCCCUGUCCUCGUUAUUAGACUGGGAUCCGUUAAAGUCAGAGUACGCUACUGUAGAAGAGCUGUGCGCGCUGUGUGUGUCGUACGGGGCUGUUGAGGUGCUGGAGAGAGUGGUGGCGGAGGCACUAGGAGGGAGUGCGGCAGGAGGAGCAAAUGGUGCUGGUGGUACUGGUGCUGCUGCUUCUGGUGGUGGUGCUGCUGCUGGUUGGAGUGUUAUAUCUGUUGCACCAUCAUCAGCAGCAGCAGCAUCGCCAGCUCAUGUGGUGCCUUCCUCCUCUGCCAACAGUCAUGUGGUGCCUUCCUCCUCUGCCAACAGUCAUGUGGUGCCUUCCUCCUCUGCCAACAGUCAUGUGGUGCCUUCCUCCUCUGCCAACAGUCAUGUGGUGCCUUCCUCCUCUGCCAACAGUCAUGUGGUGCCUUCCUCCUCUGCCAACAGUCAUGUGGUGCCUUCCUCCUCUGCCAACAGUCAUGUGGUCCCCGAUCUACUAGCCAGGGACUACGUGGCAGCAGGCCUCUGCAGCAUCCAGCUCUUUCUCUACUCGCCCGAUCUUCGCACAGCGGCAACGCACUUGCAGCAGGCACAGCUGUUAUUCGAAAAAGGCACAGAAGCGAGGCAGAACGCAGCAGCAGACCUGGCAGCAUCGAUCGGCCCUCUUGCUGCUGCCGGCAAGAGACUCGCCGUCUCUGCCGCCUCCUCUUCCUCUGGCACUUCUGGUACAGGUGUUACUGGUGCAGGCAUAGCUGCAGGAGGAGGAGCAGGUACCACUACCAGCAGUAGUACUACCACCAGCAGCACCACCACCAGCAGAAGCAGCAGCACUGCUGUCAGCCUUGCACUUAUUGCCAAGCAGCGGGCGGCGACAGCAAAGAUAUCGGAUGAAGAUUUGCUGAGGCUGCAGCGGCUGGCAGAGCUGCAGGUGGAGGUGGUGCGGGCGGUGGGGGCAUGUAGUGGCAGGGACAGCAGCGGCGUGCCUCUCGCGGGGGCGGCGAGGAAGGCGCCGUGGAGCGUGGCGCUUUUUGGUGCUCCCAGCGAUGCGCGGACCAGCAAGCGCCGUGUGGAGGUUACUGAAUUUCUCGUGGAGAGAGAAUUCGACCUGGCGCUGGAGGUGAUCAACUUCCUGCACCUGCCAGCUGUGCAGAUCUACGCCAGCGUGGCAGCCUCGCUGGCGGAGAAGCAGCAACACCGCGUGCUGUUUGAGGGGUUGAUGGAUCGGAUCAAGUACAUGCUGCCGCCCGCUGACAUGGAUGAGGUGAUUGGAGCAGCAGUGAUGGUCUACACCCACACCGCCGUCAAGCUCUCUACUCUCUCCCUGACCUUCACCGGGCGGCAAGACAUGUCCCGAUCUGUGAAGCUGCCAAAGGAGCAAAUUGACCGACUCAUCCACAUGCUGUCAGACGAGCACAAGAAGGUUCUCUUCAAUGUGGCAUGUCGCAGGCUGCGCCUGGCCUUUCAGAUCGCCACGGGGCACUUCCAGUCUCAAGGUAGCCAGGGGGGUGUGGCUGCAAGUGCCGCAACCCCCGCUGCUACCAGCAGCAGCGGCGGCAGCAGCAGCGGUGGAGCGGGGUUUGGGCUGGUGUACCCUUUACAGAGUCGCAUCAACGAUGUGAUUUUCAUCAUGCACGAAGCUCGGAACGCACCCAAGGUCCGGGAGCUGUGUCGUGAGUGGCUGGCGGCUCGGGGCGUUGUGAUUGACAAUGUGGAGCCGCACUCACAGCCUCACUUGCUCCCUUACACCCACGCAUGGCCUCUUGGGCACGGGGCACAGCUGCCGCCACAAGCCCUGCGCUAG